AUGCUCGCAAGCUCCGCCGCCAUGAAGUUCGGCACCACCCUCCGCAGAAGCGUCUACGCCCCUUGGAAGGACCACUACGUCGAUUACGAGAAGCUCAAGCAGCUCCUCCGCGAGAACGAUGACGACAAGCAGUGGACCUCGGACGAUGUGACGCGCUUCACCGAGGAGCUGGCCAAUGUGCAGCUGGACAAGGUCUACAACUUUAAGAAGAACACGACCCAGAAGCUCCGCGAGCGCCUGUCAGCCUGCGAAAAGAAGCUUGAGCCAUUGGCUGUUGGUAUCAAAUCCGAGGAUACAGAGGACAAAGAAGAUGCUCCCUCGUAUGCCGAUGUCACUGCUGCAAAGCCCGUGGUCAAGGAAGAGGACAAGAAGAAGAUUCUCAACCAAGUCCUGGCCGAGCUGGAUGCCAUUACAAAGGAGGUCAAGGAGCUGGAGACGUAUAGCAGGAUCAACUAUACCGCUGUGUUGAAGGCUACCAAGAAGCAUGACAAGUUGCGCGGCCGUUCGUACAGGUUGCGUCCCUUUGUCAAUGCACGCCUUGCCGAAAAGCCCAUAUACACAGAAGAUCAUUCGCCGCUAGUCUACCGUCUGUCUGCCAUGUAUGCCUUCGUCCGCCAGAGCCUGGCCGGAAAGCCCCAAGCGGAGCUUUCCUUCAAUGAGAACCCAACCAACGGAGAGGACUCGACCUCUUACAAAUUUUGGGUACACAAGGACAAUCUUCUCGAAGUCAAGACCGUCAUCCUACGUCGCCUGCCCGUGCUUGUCUACAACCCCCAGUCUUCUCGAAUCGCCGAGGGAUCCCAGCGUGACCCCACCAUCACCUCCAUCUACUUCGAUAACCCGGACUUUUCUUUAUACAGUGACAAGGUCACCCACGUUCCUAAUGCGACCUCGCUCCGGCUGAGAUGGUAUGGGCAAUUGGCAGAGGAUCCCACCAUAUAUUUCGAAAAGAAGGAAAUGAAGGAAGGUGACGCGAGCUCAGAACAACGCUUCGCAAUCAAGCAAAAGUACAUUCAACCUUUUAUUGAGGGAAAAUAUAGCAUGGAGAAGAGCGUACAAAAGAUGGAGCAGAGCAGUACGAAGGACGAAGAGGAUGUUAGUGAAUUCAAGACAGUGGUCAAGGAUAUCCAGAGCUUCAUAGGAGACCGCGGUUUGCAGCCAGUCCUUCGGGCUAACUACACGCGCACCGCUUUCCAAAUCCCUGGUGACGACCGCGUGCGCGUUUCACUGGAUACCAAUCUGGCUCUCAUCCGCGAGGAUGCUCUGGACAUGGAUAGGCCUUGCCGUGACCCGGAUGACUGGCAUAGGCGGGACAUUGACGAUCGUCAGAUGGAAUAUCCAUUUAGUGGGUUGAGGAAGGGAGAAUUUUACGACUUUCCCCAUGCACUUCUGGAGAUCAAGGUCAAGCGCGGCAAGAGGUACGAAUGGAUCGACGAUUUGAUUAAUUCUCACCUUGUCAAAGAAGCACCGCGCUUCUCCAAGUUUGUUCAAGGAGUGGCAAAGCUGUUUGAGGAUCAAGUCAACACGUUCCCCUUUUGGCUCAACGAAGUCGAAACCGACAUCAAGCUCAACCCCGAACAAGCCUUUGAGGGGGAGCAGCAACGCAAGAAGAAGGCCGCAGAAGACGAUCUAGCAGUCGGUUCGUUGUUUGGUACCCACGCGAGUCCUUCAUUCCGUGCUUCGCACAUGUCCCCCGCCAAUAUGACUGGCUCUCCUGCGGGCGCCAUGUCCUCCCGCAAAGCCAGCGCACCCACUAAACCCUCGAUGAUGGGCAACGUUACGGAUCAAGGUGCUCAAAAUCCUGGUGACGAAGAGGCAGAAUCAGAUGGUGAAGGCGAAGCCAAUGGUCGGGAAGAUGCUCCCUUCUCACGCAGCACAGGUCUAGGCUCCCUGUUCCCGUCGUUUUCCACCUCACGUUACGCCCGCAAAAAGGGGCAGCAAAAGGUGCAACUGCCACCGGGGAUCCGUGACCCUGGUGUAUGGAUCAAGGAUCAGGGCCCUGUGCGCGUCGAAGCCAAAGUCUGGCUGGCUAACCAACGCACAUUUAUCAAGUGGCAGCACGUCGGUGUAUUGCUAGCAUCGUUGUCGCUCGGUCUGUACAAUGCUGCUGGGGAGAACAACCGCGUUGCGCAAGCGCUUGCCAUCGUGUACAUUGUCUUUGCGGUUUUCACCCUCGCAUGGGGAUAUGGCGUAUAUAUGUGGCGCAACCGCUUGAUCAGAGAACGGAGUGGUAAAGAUUUCGAUAGUGUAUUGGGACCUUUGGUGGUGUGCGUUGGUCUGGUUGUGGCGCUUUGUCUUAACUUUGCUUUCAAGUACAACGCCAUCCUCAACCAACAGCCUCACCAUCACACCCCGCAAAACUCUACCAACUUGUCGCAAAAUCCUUCUUCCACCGGCUCUCUCAGUGAGCAUUUGGAGCUUGUGAGAUAGCGAGAAACUUCGGUCCUCUCUUAUUGCACGAGUACCUGUGCUUGUGUUUUUUUUCUUUUGUACAUCAUUCAUGGUCCGCUCGCGUCUGUACAAUGAGAUCAAUGUUAUUCCAGGGGCUCCUAAAAACAACAAGUGGAGAUGGAGGUGAGACGCGGAAAAGCACGACGAAGGCGACUGGUGCGUGUGUAUGUAAUUAUACUGGGAGAUGCGACUGAAGAUUUUGAACUGUUACUUUUCGAUUUUAUGUUGCUUGUAAAUGUGCCAUGUCGAUGUCGUUUAAUGCAAUACAAUAAUACAGUAAAGAAUACUUGGUCUAGCAAUUAUUUCCUACCUAGGGACCAUUGAGUUUCUCGUCUUUGGCUCUUAUUCCGGUGAAGAUGUUCUGUGAUGUACACCGAGGGGAGUGGGGUGCCAUAUUGAGCCUUGUGAGAACUCUGCUCUUUUAAUAGCGGAGGGCGACGAGCGUACCAUGGGGUUCUUCAACCUCAACACUACACAUAUUCCCAAAUCCGUACAUCUCCACUGGUUCAUCGGCAUCAAUUGCGCAGUCAAUUGAUAUGAGGUUUUAGUCCCUUUUUCUUGUGAGUGUGCCCUGAUGGCUGUGUAUUUCCUUCUUUGGUCUAUACAUUUUCAAUUGUUCUAUGGUAAGGAUUUGUAGCUCUCACUGGAUGUACAAUGGAGAGGGAGAAAUAAUAGAAAGAAGAGGAAAGAAGUAGCAGUCAAAGGACCACCAAGGACAGAGUCCGGGACUAUGCUGCUAUUUUUUGGUGUUGUUGAAGUCUUGCAGUUGUUGUUCAAGAGGACAGAAGGGAAGCAUGUUUUUUCUCGGUACAUUGCGUGGUUGAGCCUGUACGUGGUAUGUAGUAUGUGAAGUUGUAGAC